AUGAUUUCCAUCAGCCUUUUAGUCUACUUGAGCUUACUCCUAUAUGUGGAUGCUUAUAAAGCACAGGGAAAUCUUGCUGUAGUCAUCAAAACCGGAGAUCGCCUUUUUUCUUCCGAUGAUGAUCCACUCACUGCCUAUACUCCUGAACUAUGGUGCCAAGCUGCUGACGGAGAUACCAUUCUUGAACUCUCUUGGGCUCGAUUUGUCCGCACACAUGAUAGACAGCCAUUUGAGGCUAGUAUUGAUGACUCUGGCAAGAGAGCAAGACUCAUCCUCGGUGAAGUACCUGUUUCGAGAGCAGGAAAGUAUAGAUGUGAGAUGAGAACAACUGAUUCUGAACUGUUAUAUGGAAAUAUGUUCGUUAAUACUCGUCCAUACGUUCAUAACAAUGGCACCCUUGAUCUUGAGAUGUCUGACAUUGAUCCAACUUUGGUUAUAUCAAAGUCAACAGUCAAACUAACCCCAGGACAAUCUGGAGCUUUGAGCUGUCCAGUUAAAGGUUUCCCUCAUCCAACGAUAUUGUGGUACAAAGAUGGAGCUCCUCUUGAGGAAAGUGAUAACAUCUUCGUAGACAAGGAUAGUAUUGAGUUCGCUUUGGUCAGUGCUGAAGAUGCGGGAGUUUAUCAGUGUGUCGCAUUCAAUCGAUUCAGUAUGGUGGUUGAUGGAAAAGAACAAGAAUUCGAAGUAAAAUUUGAGCAGAUUGUAGAAAUGAGAGGUGGAUACGAUUGGGUCUUACCGUUAACAGUAAUUCUCAUUAUUCUCAUUCUACUCUUCAUUAUUAUUUAUUCUUGUCAAGCGUGUAAACGCUAUAAAGCUGCUCAAUAUAAUGUGAACGAACGAGAACGGAGACAAGGAAGAACAGCUGAAGAAGCUAGAGCUUUGAAAGCAGAUGCCGUUUAG